AUGUCGAGAAAGAUGCUUAUCGACGGCGAAGGGGGGCACCCCGCUGAUGAAGAACAAUACGACUUCGAUCUUUUCGUGAUUGGAGCUGGCAGUGGUGGCGUCCGGGCCUCCAGGACAUCUGCGGGUUAUGGUGCAAAGGUAGGCAGAAAAGGAAGAAAUAAACGUGAAGGAAGAAGAUCGCUUUUACUAUUCGUGUCGAUGUUUUUUAGCGCGCGAUUUUUUUGUUUGCGCAUCUUACUUCACAUUUUCGGCGACGAUCUUUCUAGUGGAAUUCAGAAUGGCAGAUGAUAUACUUUGCUUCGAGCAGACAGAAGUUAGUUAAAUAAUAGUCUUACCUGGAAUUUGUAAGGUGACAUGCUUUCAACAAUAUUCUAUAUAUUGAAUAUCUAUGCUUAUAUGCUUUGAACGAUUUUUCCGAGCCAUUUAUUCUGUUAUCAAUAUAUAUCAUUUGUCUCCUCAAUACUUAGUCUUGCUCAUUCACUUGGUAUUUCCACAUCAAUACUGUUCUGAACCGUGCAGCAACGGAUGUGAAACUCGCUUUUAUUUCUGAACAAAAAUAUUUAUUUUGAAUGUGAAUUGCGAAGGCUGUCUAACUAGAAAGUCUUACGGUAUCCAGUUCUAUAAGGUUUCACUGCAUGGUCUGUUUUCCCUUUUUUUAAUGGAUUUAAUCUUUAGGAAUUCAGAUGACUAAGUUAUUGGGAUGCUGCUGCUUUAUCAAGAUUGAUAGUAGAUUAUCCUAACCCCAUAUGUGAUAGAUAGAUGUAUGCUUAAAUUGUUCCUAGACUUGCUUGGCUAUUCUGGGCAGUCAAAUAUAUGCUCAUCAUUGUCAAGGCGUAUCUUUCAUUUUUUGUGCUUUUAUAUCAUAUGUUUGGGGAAAAUUUGGCAUGCCAUCAUACAUUGUGCUAAAUAGAACCAUCAGAAAAACAAAAAAGGAAACACUUUUCUUAAAAAUUGUGGAAAGAGAGCUCUUUGUGUUUCUUCAUGAGCAUGUUGAAAAUUUCUCUUAUUCGGUCUCACCUUAUUUUUAAAAUUUUCUUUUUAAUUCUUUGGUGGGUAUUGAUGUUUUCUGAUCUUGGGGUGAUACAUAUUUUCUUAAUGAUUCUAGGUCGCAAUAUGUGAGCUUCCGUUUCAUCCAAUCAGCUCAGAAGUUAUAGGAGGAGUUGGUGGAACGUAAGUUAACUCAGAAAAGAAUAUCGUGUGUCCCUUCAUUUAACUUGAUCUGUGUACUGCUGUAUUUCAGAGCAAACAACUGGCGUUUCCCAUUUAUUUUUGGAAACAUGUUUCUUUUUGUGAAUGUAAUUGACCUUAGAUCUAGAAUGUUUUGUCAAAUCUAGCAUGCGGUUGUGAAUACUUUUCUUAUUAUUUUUAUCACAAUUAGAUACUUUUCUGCAGCAUGUGCUAGGGCUAUGUCUUCAUUCUCAUGGGCUAUACGUUUUUGAGAAGCAGAAUCCUUUUCGUUGCCAUUCUUAAUGAAGAAGCCUCUGGAUUUUUAGUCCCUAAGCACAAAUUUUAAGUAGUUUUUGAGUUCCAUGUUGAGAGUUGUUACAUUCUAUCUUGGCAAUGCCUAGUCUUUGAUAGCUAGCACAAACAGAACUGUAUAUGACACAUCAGCUAAAGGUCACGCGCAGCUCUGUUGAUUUAUUCAAAGAUCCAUUGUAUUUAUUUCUUCAUGUCUCUGUUUUAUAUGGAAUCUGUAAAUGUGCAAUACAGUUGCUUAUAACGGUAGGUACAGUUUUAUGAUCAAUAUCAAUGACACCCCGCGUGCAAAAUGAGUUUGUGGGGUCUCAGCAAUAAGUCUUCCUCUGGGUUGUCACGUCUGAAAACUGUUGGCCUGAUGAUUUAUUUCUCGACACAAAUUCUCCUAUUAAAAACCAAGUCCUCACCGACCUGGGGCAUCCUCUACUUAGAUAUACAUUAUCAUUCAAUCACUAAAACCAUUGCAUGUUCUAGGAUAAUUUGAAGAUAAACAUCUUAUUUUAUUUCUCAAAAGUAGUGCAUGAUAUUAGUUUUAUCGAUAUUUUUUGUUUCACUAGAGGGUAUUCUAUUUAUAACCUCGUCAUCAAAGAACGUAAUUCUGUAUGCUUUGUUGAAAAGGCAUUACAGAUGAGGGAUAAUUCUUGAGUAUGGCCAUGUCUUGUUUGUGAUUUUAAUAGUGGUGCCUUUAAUGUUAUUGAGAAGAGUCAAACAUCCAUGGCUAUUAUAGCAUGAAAAGCUGUAUUGCCUUUUAAUGGGGUAAUUGGUGAGUAAUAUUCCUGAAAAUCAGAAUUCUACAGUUUCAACUGCCCCUGUGACCUUUGACAUUAGUUUCUCUAAAAUAAGAUAAGCACAAGUUUUAAGUUUGUUUUACAUGUAUGAAUUCCAACCUAGUUUUGGUAUUGCAGGUGUGUGAUACGUGGAUGUGUUCCUAAAAAGAUUUUAGUUUAUGGAGCAUCCUUUCGAGGCGAAUUUGAAGUAAGAAUAUCUUUUGUGUUGAGAUAUAUUGAUAUAUGUUUUCUUUUGUUUCUGAAAGGAGUCACAUGAAUUUGCUUUGAUUGGUGCUUGUCACCUUUUUGGAACUGUAGAUAUUAGAUGAAAUGAUACAGAUAGCAAACGUCUGUAUAUAAUCAUUUUGAUUUUCUAUUGUUUUAUUUGCUAAUAUAACACUUCCAAGUACAUACACGCAUGGCCAGCUUGAGUGGUGUCAUAUAAUCUAGAUGCAAUCUAGUCGUCUGCGAAUUCAUCUUAUUUGUGUAUGUAUGUUUAUGUUUAUAUCCUUGUCUAAACAUACUCAGUAUACACGUGGAUGGAUGAAAUGUGCUCUGUCAUGUUCUGAAUUUUUUAUAUGGUAGGAUGCUAAAAAUUUUGGAUGGGAGCUCAAUGACGAAGUCGGUUUCAAUUGGAAAAAGCUUCUGCAUAACAAGGUAUGUAAUAAAAUUAAUAAUUUAUUUUUUGUUGUCUGAAUUUCAAUAACUUCGGAAUUUAUAAUGAUAUAAUUUUUUAACUGCGAACAUUUUAAAAUAAUUUCUUAUAUAAUAUUUAUUUGGGUGAUAAGACACUUUUCAUCAAGCAAUCUACUCAUUACCUAGAAACAUUUCCUUAACUUUUUCCGGUUUAGGUUUGGGGGCGGGGGUUGAUUGAUAUUAAAAAUCGGAAUUUUGGAGUCUCUUGAACCGAAUUGGAGAAUCCUAUAGGUGCCUUUCAAUAUAAAGGAUGCCGAUACCAUACUACACAGUGUACUCUUGUGAGGCAUCUGUCAGCAAUUGGCAAGCCCAAUGAUAACAUAUGUGGCUAUUUCUGUAGAAUGUUGCUAUACCAAUCCUUGGAUCGAUGCUACUUUAACUUAUUGAAAAUGACGGCGUUGAGUCCAAUGUGAAAGGGAUAUUUCAUUUACUCGUGCCAGAUCAACUAAUAUUCGCUAUUUUUUGUUCUUUGUUACAAGUUGCAUAGGCAACAGUAUCGCUUGGCAUCCAUAAAUCUUGUAAUACAAGUGCUUUUGCUUCAAGUUGAGAUCAGUGGGUUACUGUAUAUUGCCUGGGUGGAAGUUGAGAGGUGGAAGGGAACAUCUAGGUUGUGCCAAUGGAAAUGUAAACCUCAUGCCCUAUAGUCUAAUGUAUGCCUUAGACUAAGCACUGGAAGUUCACUGAAAAUUAGUUUCUCAUUUUUAUUAUGUUCGAACCCACCGUUUUUCCAUAUUUACAAUCCAACAAUGAUAUGAUCAUAUUUAGCAUCAUUAGGUUCUAGCUAAGAGGUAGAUAUCUUUUGUAGCGUUCAGUUGGUCACAGUUUGUCAAACGUGAACUACCACGAAGUUUCCCUGCAGAAAAAUCAUUGUUAAUUAAACUUAUGGUGAUAAAACGAUUAUAUUUUACAGUGAUUUAUUGAGAACCAAAAUAUCAAACUUACAUUCAUUAAUGCUGCAGACCCAGGAAAUAGUUAGACUAAAUGGGAUUUACAAGCGGCUGUUGACUAAUGCUGGUGUUACAAUGCUGGAAGGAGAGGGAAAAGUAGUGGAUCCUCAUGUGGUUGAAGUUACGCAGCCAGAUGGUUCGAAGAAACAAUAUAAGGCAAGACACAUCUUGAUUGCAACUGGAAGCCGUGCUCAACGGGUGAACAUUCCUGGGAAGGUAUUGUUUCUGCCAAUCCAUGUAUUUUCUUCCACUGCAACUGUAACUGUAACUGUUUUCACUUGGCCAUGAUUAGAAAUUGAUAAUAAUAUGGAGCGUUACUGACCUGGCUAUCACUUCUACAUGAAUUCUAGGUUUGUUUUUCAUUAGAGGAAGUGCCUUUUCGAACACUAAAAAGGGCUGAAGUUGACAAGAAAUAUUUUCAUGAAACAUUUUUCCUGUUUUAGUUGUUGCUGAGACAUCCCAAGUACACACGUUCAUCUACAGGUCUGACCACAGGGGCCAGCAUAAGACCGGAGUGCAUCAUAUGGGACUAUGCCGGAGCUAAUGAACCUGAAAAUAAUUGAAUUUAGGUUUUACACCUAUUUAGUUAGCUAGUUUUAGAAGUAUUUAUACUUAAUGGUUAAAAUCUCAAUGGGCUCCUCCGAUUGUCAGGCAAGAGGUUGAAUCUUGCAUGCAUUUGAUUUCAUACGUGGGAAAUCUUUGUAUUCUUUGGUGCGAGUUUCAUGCACCAUAGAUAGACUCUUUGGUAUGGAUGUGUUGUGUUCCGUGCCUCAUGGUUACCAUUCUUUUCUACCAGAGCUCUUGGAUGAGCCCCAUCGUCCGACAGUCAUUUGUUUUCUAAUUAUUUACGAGAAAUACGAAACAUUUUUAUGUUCAAAAAGUCAACACAAAGUAGAUGAUGCAGUCAUUACUUGUCCGAGAUUACCAACUUAAGCUCAGGUGAUAAGUUCUGACUGUAUGCAUGUUAUUUGUGCAUUACUCCUGAGUAAGAUGCGUUUUGGACAGUACCUAUGGAUACACGAGUGAUUGGUUAUGAUAAUGACAUACUCUUCAUAUAAUGCAGAGAUGUUCACCACAGAUGCCUACAUUAUCUCCUAGAAUGAUUUAAAAGGAUUAUUCUGAUUUUUGGCCAAUGGUGGCAUUUUCUUUUUUUCUUGGGGGUGUUUCUGUUGCUUGGUGUUCUUCAAUGUGUGUAAGGGUAUCAGUGAAAUAUCUUCCAAUAUAAAUACAUGCAUGGCUAGAUGACAAAUUGAGAAAGAGGCAUAGCAUGUAUUUAUAGUGUGUAAUAAGAUUGCUUUAUGUAACCUUAUGCAUGCUUUAGGAAAUAAGAACUUUCACCUGAAAAGUGUGUAAUAUUGAAUAUUUUUUAUGAUCUCUCUCUCUCUCUCUCUCUCUCUCUCUCUCUCUCUCUCUCUCCCCCUCCUCUCUCUCCGUGACAUGGUAUCUUACGGUCGAAAUUGUUUUUUAGGAAUUAGCUAUCACAUCUGAUGAAGCUUUGAGCUUGGAGGAGUUACCAAAACAUGUUGUGAUUCUAGGCGGAGGGUAUAUGCUUUCAACAAGUUCCAUCGAGUUGUAGAUUAUUACUUUGAUGAUAUUUUUAUUAAGUUAUGACUUCCGUUUUGUGAUCUAGUUCCUGAUUCGUCUUUUUUCUAAACUCAGAUACAUUGCUGUCGAAUUCGCUUCAAUAUGGCGUGGAAUGGGUGCCACAGUGGACCUAUUUUACAGAAAGGAACUUCCUCUAAGGUUUUGUCCCGUCUUUUUUCUAAACUCAGAUACAGUUCUUGUGUCAUCCACUAGGAAUUUCUAAAUCGCUGUUUUCGGUCCUGUCUUUUUCCUAUUUUCAUCAAGAGUGCUUUCAAUUUAUAUCUUGUGGAAAAUUAUCUAAUGUCCGUGUCGAUACUAGAACUCGUGUUGUGUGGCUUCAUAACCCACCAAAAGUGUCAAUUAUUUCUAUAAUUUGUUAGAAAUUCGAUGGAUAUUGUGAUGGUUUCAGAAGGCUGCGAUGUAACUCGCGUCAACCACUAAAAAAUGACGGUAAUAUAUCAUUUUUUCUUUCUAAGUAUUGAUAUUGGUAUAUUGCCACAAAAUAAGACGGAAUUAGACUAGUAGCAUUAGACUGCGAUUAGUCUUCCAAAUCACCGGGCAGGAAACAAAAUGGCUAUGAAGGUGAUGGUGAAUUCCUAACAAAACCCGUUCCAUCGUUUUCCAUGGCUAACGGGAUAUGGGUGAAUCCCACACUAUCUUGAAACCCAGUUUUUGGCAACAUGUGAGCAUAUGCUUGAUCUCAGGCUGCAUAAUCGUGGUCUUAGUUUGGAUUAGGAACAAGAUUUUAUGGUUUUUUUUUAUUAAAUCUACGUAAUCAUGACUAAUUUCAUAUGAUGAUGUUCGUCCUCUACAAGUAUCCAAAAUUCAUAGAUAUGAAUUUGAUGAAUUGUCUCUGCUCUAAGUUUUCUACAGAAGAAGGGCUGUCAUCGUUCAUUCUGCUCUAAGUCUCCCUUAAUGGCGAGCUUCUUCUUUUCUAAAAAUCUAUGGCUGGAUUUCAUACCUCAUGAAAUCCCUUCAGAAUCUAUCUUCGAUCUGCCUUCCCCGAUGGUCGCUAACAGCUUAUCCGUGGACCGACCCGUUGAUGCGCAGAGGUUUUGAUGGCGAAAUGAGGGCCGUGGUUGCAAGGAAUCUCGAGGGAAGAGGAAUACGGCUUCAUCCAGGAACAAAUUUGUCUGAGGUAUGCUGGCCCGAGCCAGAGACUACUCCCGCUCUCCUCAUUCUGGGCAUCCUAAUAAUGCCCGGUGGGUGACAUUCUUCUCUUCUUACAGUUGACCAAAACAGAGGAAGGCAUAAGAGUUCUCACAGACAAGGGGGACGCGUUGACUGCAGAUGUCGUCUUAUUUGCCACUGGUACACCAAGUUCUCACCCUGCUUCUACCCUUUUUCUUUCAGUUUGCAUCACACAACACUUUGCACCGAUCAGCAGAGCUGCCAUCGUAAAUUUCUCGCUAUGCUGGAACAAUCAAUUGCAUCGACAGAACUUAGAAUAAUACCAAUCAUUAAAAUAAUCCUGUGAGCACAUCUUGCAAUUAUCCGGGUAGCAGCGGCCAAGCCGAGUCGCACAGAUGUGGCGAGCAUACUAGCACCGAUCUUUGACCUGCCAUCUUGUUUCCUUCCAAGUCGUACCUUGAUGCCACCCUACCAUCCUCAUGCAGACCAUCUUUGAUCCUGCUUCAUCUGUCUUGGACAAGAUGGCAUGGUGAGAUCUAUUUACGGCAAGGUUUCAGGUGCAUUGACUUUGCCUGCGACUGCAGGUCGAAGCCCAAAUACGAAGCGAUUGAACCUGGAAGCAGUCGGAGUGGAAACCGAUCGAGCCGGAGCUAUCAAGGUAUAAUCAUGGCCUCCAUGUUGACGAUGCAUAGGAAAUCAUGAUCUUUGGGUUUUGUUGGGUUCAUGGGUAGAUAUAGUAAAUAAACAGGAUUUAUUUCGUGGUUUCCACCGGCAUGGGUACAUUUUUUACAUGCGGGGAUGAAAUACUGAGCAGAGUUCGGACGGUUUACUUUCUCUCUCAUGCAUUGGAGGGCAGACGGUUUGCAGGCUGUAAACUGUGUAAGCUAAUACCCUGCACCAAGUGUGUGUUCCCAGGUGGAUGAGUACUCUCGCACCAACGUCCCCAGCAUCUGGGCCGUGGGCGACGUCACCAACAGGAUGAAUCUCACCCCUGUCGCUUUAAUGGAGGGGACCUGUUUCUCGGUAUGCUCUCUCUCUCUCUCUCUCUCUCUCUAGGAUGCAGGAGGACUUCCUGACUAAUAUCUCCCUUCGUGGGCGUGAUUUACUUUCUCUCUCUUUAGAAAACUGUGUUUGGCGGGCAGCCCACAAAGCCGGACUACGGCCACAUACCUUGCGCCGUCUUCAGGUGCCAAGAUUUUGCUAGAAAGAUCCCGCUUUCUUUGCUUCCGUUGGUUUCUACUCUACUCUUCAUGAAAACCGAGUACGUCUUCUUCUUUGCAGCAUUCCGCCGCUGUCUGUCGUCGGGCUGAGCGAAGAAGAGGCCGUCGAGCAAGGGAAGAACGACGUCCUGGUCUUCACGUCGACCUUCACCCCCAUGAAGAACACGAUUUCAGGGUCAGUCUUCCCUCUCUCUCUCUCUCUCUCUCUCUCUCUCUCUCUCUGAUUUCUGCUGUCUGCUGUUGUCGUGUCGAGCGCCGCAGGAGGCAGGAGAAGACGAUCAUGAAGCUUGUAGUCGAUUCUGAGACUGAUAAAGUCCUCGGGGCCUCGAUGUGCGGUCCAGAUGCGCCAGAAAUUAUGCAGGUAAACGCACUUCCCGAUCUCUCAAGAGGUCCAAGUCAAGAAAAAAAUUUAAUUUUCAAAUGUAUGAAAAUACAAACUGCUUCAAAAUAUGUGAAAAUACAAUAUUAUUAGUAUAAUAGGGACUAAACAAGACAAUUAAAGGCAAAAAUGUUUAAGUGAAUAAAAAGAAAGAGAAAGAGAAGUAUAUAGGGCAUACUUUUGUCACAAUUAGUCUAAGCUUAGUAGAUAAUGUGAUGCAAGAGGUUAUAAAUGAAGAUACUUCAAUGAAACUUUUGCUCAAGCUCGAGUCAAGGUACAUGACAAAGUCACUCACAAGUCAUUUUCUCUUAAAACAUUGAUUAUAUGUUCUACUGAUGAGAACAUUUAUGCACAUUACUGAUCAUCUAAAUGAGUUUACAUAUAUUCUCAUAGAUUUUAAAAAUAGCAAUGUUAAAAUUGAUGAUGAAGACCAAGUUCUUAUACUCUUGGUCCUGAGUUCCGCUUUUUCCACAUCUGGGCGCCGUCAUUUCCCAUCCUAUGGCUUAGAUUCGCUGUUUUUUUUUUCUGCCUUUUUUGGUCAAACGCAGGGUAUCGCCGUUGCCCUCAAAUGUGGCGCUACCAAGGCGCAACUUGAUAGUACGGUAAGUUCUUCGUCCCCUUUUCAACGUAUCAACUGCCCUCUCUAUGCCGUUGACUACCCAUCUGUCAACUUAAUUAUGUGUGUGUGUGUGAGAGAGAGAGAGGCUGCGACGUGGUGAUCCGGAAACUGAAGAAUGGCAUACGGGUUGCUGCAUGUGGUUUUGUUUUUCUUCAUGGGCUUGGGGUGGCCCCGCGGAUCGGGCUCCAGUCUAACCCGGGCCGUUGCCCACGAUAUCGUGUUUAACCGUUGACUUCCGCAGGUCGGGAUUCACCCAUCAGCGGCGGAAGAGUUCGUGACGAUGCGAUCUCUGACGAGACGCGUGACCGCGGGCGGGAAGCCGAAGACGAAUCUGUGA